AUGCAUGCUUUUAAUAUACUCGUGGGAGCGUUGGCGGCUUUCUGCUCCGUUGUAUCUGCUGGAAAAACACAAACAAUAUCGAACUGGGGAGACAAUCCAUCAUCGCUUCCAUCAUUCCUUCUCUACACGCCAGAUAAGAUUGCCGAUAAGCCAGCCAUUAUCCUUGGACUUCAUCCAUGCGGCGGAACCGGAUCGCAGUAUCAGUCCAUGACACCCCUUCCUUCAUAUGCAGACAAACUCGGCUUCGUUCUUCUGUUUCCGACCUCAAAAUCCCAGUCUGGAAUGAAUUGCUGGGACGCACACUCUGCUAAAUCUCUGAAGCACGACGGUGGCGGGGACUCCCAAGGUCUCGCAUCGAUGGUGAAAUGGGCUUUGAAGGCCUACAAUGGCGAUCCGAGCAAAGUCUUCGUGGUCGGCGGCUCAUCGGGCGCCAUGGAAUCUAACGUUCUCGCUGCCACCUAUCCCGAUGUCUUCGCCGGAGCGGCCUCGUACUCUGGUGUCCCAGCUGCAUGCUGGUCCGGCUCUCCAAUGUCCACCCCAGCAUCCUCCGAUCUGAGCUGCCCGUUGGGCAAGAAGGCAUCUACAUACACACAGCAACAGUGGGUCGAUCUCGCAAAGGGCUGCUAUCCCGGGUACAACGGGACAUACCCCAAGAUUAUGAUUGUACAUGGAACAGAAGAUACGGCCGUCACAAUCAACAACUUAAAGGCGCAGCUGGAUCAAUGGAGCGGGGUCCUAGGUUUGAGCUUGGCGAGGAAUUCAUCGAAUGACCCGAUUAAGAAUUGGAAGAAAAUUACUUACGGAGAUGGUACGAAGUUGGUAGGUUAUGAGGUUCAGGGUGGGGGUCAUAUUCCGACGUUCCAAGGCGAUGCUACGUUGAGGUUCUUUGGUUUGAUGUAA